AUGUCCUAGCUGUAAAACCAGAGGGAGAGAGAGAGAGAGAAAAGAGGGGAGAGAGAGAGAGAGAUGGGAGUGGAUGAGAGAGGUGGAGUAAUGGCGACAGACUUCUUCUGGGCAUACACGGACGAGCCUCACGCUUCUCGUAGAAGACAGAUCCUCUCUCAGUACCCUCAAAUCAAAGACCUCUUUGGUCCCGAUCCUUGGGCAUUUCUCAAGAUUACUGUGGCAGUUUUGCUUCAGCUAUGGACUGCUACUUUCCUCCACAAUGCUGGUUGGUUGAAGAUAUUGACAAUAGCCUAUUUUUUUGGCUCUUUUCUCAACCAUAACCUCUUCUUAGCCAUUCACGAGCUCAGUCACAAUCUAGCCUUCUCUACUCCAGUGUAUAACCGCUGGCUUGGCAUUUUCGCUAAUCUCCCCGUUGGUGUGCCCAUGUCUGUCACCUUCCAAAAGUACCACCUUGAGCACCAUCGCUUCCAAGGAGUGGAUGGCGUUGACAUGGACAUUCCAACCCUCACUGAAGCUCAUCUUGUGACAAAUGUCGUCACGAAAUCCAUAUGGGUCAUCCUCCAACUUUUCUUCUAUGCUCUCCGACCUCUGUUUAUCAAACCUAAACCCCCUGGUAUGUGGGAGUUUGUUAAUUUGAUUGUCCAAGUGACCCUUGAUGCAACCAUCGUUUAUUUUUGGGGUUGGAAAUCUUUUGCAUAUUUGAUCCUUUCCACGUUUGUUGGGGGUGGUAUGCACCCAAUGGCUGGUCAUUUCAUCUCAGAACACUAUGUAUUCAACAAGGACCAAGAGACGUAUUCUUACUAUGGCCCGUUGAAUCUUAUGACGUGGAGCGUAGGUUACCACAAUGAGCACCAUGAUUUCCCUAGGAUUGCGGGGUGCAAGCUUCACAAGGUGAAGGAGAUUGCACCGGAGUAUUAUGAAGCUUUUGACUCAUAUAAAUCUUGGAGCCAAGUCAUUUACAUGUAUGUCAUGGAUCGGAACUGUAUGGGCCCUCAGCAGGAUGAAGAAAGCUUAUAAAUAAAGACUGGCUAAGAAGUCUGAAUAGGUACUCUUAUUGUUAACCUUUUUUUUUUGUUCUUUAAACUCUUCGUCUUCCAAGAAUCAGUGUAACAUACUACUUUUUUGGUUUUUUAAUUAUAUUGUUUGUAUCAUUUUGAAGGGAAUGUUUUGAGGGGUUAAUUUCAUUUUUUAACCAUUCUUCUCUACAUUUUUUCUUUCAAAUCUAUUAUUGGAUGACCUAGAAUGGUUAUAUAAGCAUGUUUUAUGUGGUUUAUUGAUGA